CCAACUGAACUUUCAAAAUCGCAUCGCUUGUUGUGACAGCGGGCACGUACCAUCGCCAGCACUGCGAGGGGGGCUCUCGGUGAAGAGGUAGAGAACAUUAUGGAAAGGUGUAACGUCCCGGACAGAAGUGCUUAGAUGACAGCAGCUGCCGGUUGGCCCCGUGUGGUACCCUCGUGCGCUCACAUGACAAAGUGCCGCAUGAAAACACUGACACAAAACGCUCCCUGAACGUAAAGCUAAAAGAAAGAGCAUCUCCACGUACUUAUACCUCAUGUGCCGUAACAUGGCGAUUACAGUGGCAUAAACAGAGGAGAGGACGCUUGGCCCAGGGUAGUCACUAGUGGGCACAAAGGCGACCAUGUUGGGGGCAGGAGGUGAGGGCGUACAGAGCAGGGAGCAGAACGAGUGGCCUUGCCUGCCCUACUAGUGACCCAGGCCUGAAGUGCGCAUGCGCGGUGCUGGACAGCUCCUGAGAGGGAAAUUUAAAAACGGUUUGGGGAGCAGAGAGAAUUCACAUUACAAAGAAGAGAGCAGCGCCCAGGAGCCAGAGAGCUGCCACACUGCAGGUGCCCAGCCUCCUCACCGUGCCAGCUCCUCCACCACCAGAGAUGAUAGACAGCGACAUCUCCGGAAUUAUGUCUGGGAUCAUCAGGACAUCGGAAGAAAAUCACUCUCCCAGUCAGGAAUACAGGCUUCUGUCCUCUGACACCUCCCAAAUGCGAGAUGAUGAUCUUCCGUGCGACUUACAGUCUCUCUCAUGGCUGACCUCUGUGGAUGUGCCCAGGUUACAGCAAAUGACCAGUGGAAGGAUGGAAUACAGUAUGAACUCGCAGAACAUAGUGAUACCCCAGCAAGGUCAGCUCUCAAAUACCAUGGCGGGACAAUUGAUUCAUAUACCAGCAAGUAUGCAGCAGAGCAUCCUGGGUCUUAACACCAUGACCUCCAAUAUCAGCCAGUACACUAUGGGUGGGCAUCAGUCUCCUGGCCUCCAGUCACCACAGCCUAUGUACCAGUCCCAUUCCCAGCAGGUCUAUGCGCUAUCUCAGGGCUCUCAGCAGUGUUCUCCUGCUGGGAUAUAUAAUAAUUCCUACAGAGCACAACCUCCGUAUUCUCAAGCACGCCUGGCAGCUCACUCUACACAGGACCUACAUCCUAAGAAUUACCCUAAGCCUAUAUAUUCAUACAGCUGCCUUAUUGCAAUGGCCUUAAAAAACAGCAAGACAGGCAGUCUGCCCGUGAGUGAGAUCUACAGUUUCAUGAAGGAGCACUUCCCAUAUUUCAAGACAGCACCUGAUGGUUGGAAGAACUCAGUGAGACACAACCUCUCCCUGAACAAAUGUUUUGAAAAGGUGGAAAAUAAGUUGAGUGGAUCUUCUCGCAAAGGAUGUCUGUGGGCAUUGAAUCCCGCUAAGAUAGAGAAGAUGGAAGAGGAGAUGCAGAAGUGGAAAAGGAAAGACCUACCAGCCAUUCGAAGGAGCAUGGCUAACCCAGAUGAACUGGACAAACUUAUUAUGGACAGACCUGAAAACUGCAAAGCUCCAACCAAGUUGGCAACCUCAGAACCACCAGUAAUGACAAAUAUUGGAAGUAUCUCCAUUCAGCAAACUCAGCCACACCAUGUCAUGACACUGUCUUUACAGUCCUUACCUUUACAUCAUCACAUUCAGACUCAAGCAAGGAUUGCAUCAAGUUCUCCUGCACCAGCCCAAAGCCCUCCUCUCCAUGUGCUUCCGGACAUGACUCAAAGCCCACUGCACCAGCAUAUUAUAAGCAGAGGGGCUUCGGACUUUCUAAGCAUUACCUCAGACAUGAACACAGAGGUGGAUUCCAUUGACCCUAGCAUCAUGGAUUUUGCUCUUCAAGGUAACAUCUGGGAAGACAUGAAGGAUGACAGCUUCAGUCUGGAUACAUUGGCAGCAUUCAGCAACUCUCCCCUACAGCUGUCAGACUGUGAUUUGGGGACCAUAGGCCUGACACCAGUGUCUAGUAGCAGUGAUCAUUCCUUCACAGACUUCCAAGUAACCAGCUUAUAUACUACAUAUGCCAAUUUGGACAAUUCAGCACCCUCCCAGUGUGUGACGGGACAGGGCAAUAAACCCAUUGCUCUGUUGUAG